AACAAUAAUUACUAGAAGGGAACUAUUCCAUGGCUAUUCCGGAAAGUGGACAAUAUCAGGUAUCCGUGUAUGGGUGACUGCGAUAAUUUAUGUUGACUGGUCUGUAAUUGAUCUUAAAUCUCACAUAUUGAUUUUGCUGCAGUUUAGAGAAAUUUAACUGACAUUAAAAACGAGGGGAAGAAAGAAGGUGGAAAAGUGGAAGAGGGAGAAAGGGUAAGUAAAGUCUAGAAAUCGAUCCGUUUGGAAAGAUUUUGCUGAAUGAGACGCGGAGAGAGAACGGAUCAACUAAGAGAAGAGAGUGUGUUCUCAGUUUGUGAUCGAAAUGACCCCGGUGAUGAUUCAGUGGAUAAAUGAAGAAUUCAAUCAUAUAUAUAUAUAUGUAUACUCAGCAUGCUCAAUGCAUUCACUUACUCGUACAUAGUGUAUCCACGUAAUCGCGUUUGAUAUAUCCACCUGAAAGUUUGCUCGGUGAUUCAACUACAGGAAGGAAAUGAUCUUAAUAACAACGGGUUUCAUCCUGGAAUGAUAAAUUACUCACGAGAAAAAUGGUUGAUGAUAAGGGUAGCAUUUUCGCAUUUGUUUUUCCCAAUCAAUUGGAAAUUGUUAUAUCCGAUCCGCAAACACAUAAACAAAUAAUAACACUCUAUAAUCCAUACCAUUUUCCGAUCAAAUUUAAAGUGAAAUGUACAAAUUCACAGAACUUCUCGGUGAUUGAACCGUAUGGUAUAUUGAGAGCAUCAAGUUCUUUUGAUAUUAUCAUUCGGCAUGUUACUUUACAAAUGCAAACAAGUCCUGGUCUGGAAAAAUUUCGUAUCGAGAUUUGUUCUGUGCAUAAUCAAAAGAUUUCUGGAUCAGUUGAUGUUCCUGUUCACAUUGUGGAUACUGCGCCAAAAUUCAAUCAUGUGCGAUAUCAUCAAUUGUUACCAACAAGCAGUACUGAUCAUUCUUCCGUUCAUGAGAGUACAAAGUCAGCCCGGUCUUCAUCAUUUUUACGAGAACAUUUCGAUGUAACUUCACCUUUGGUAAUGGUGUCUAUUAGUGCAGUUGCUAUAUGUGCUGUUGCAUUAAUGCUUCCAACUGCAGGAUUGGAUGUAUCAACAGUGAUCCCGGAUUGGUUACAUGUUUCCGUUCAUCUUAAAUUAGUUUUUGCCUAUAUUUUAGGCCUAGCUACAUUGGUAUUACUAAGGCCAGGUUAAUUAAACAUUGUUUCGAGCAUCUUCAUUAGUCCAUUGUAAAAUAAUUGUUUGUGAAAAAUGAUGCAUUUUUCAUCAUAUUUGGAAAUAUUUCGAGGUAUAACUUUUUUUGCACAUUUUUCCCGUAUUAUUUUUUUUUCUGUUUUGAACGAUAUAAACG